GUUGGGUCUCAGUUGGUUUCGUUCCGACUGGAGAAUCUUCUCCUCCAACUCUUUGGACUGUUUUGAAGAAACUGACCUGCACGCCUCCAGGACCCUGAAGCGUGCAGGAAAGAUUGCAGCAGAUCCCUCCCACCCCGGACACAAACUGUUUCAGACUCUUCCCUCUUGCAGGAGGCUGCGGUCCAUCAGGACCAAAACCUCACGCCACAAGAACAGUUUUUUCCCAUCUGCAGUUGUCCUCGUCAACAAGGCCGCGAUCCCUCCUCCCCCCCGACUACUACGGACUGCCCCCCCAUCCCACUCUAUGUUACAUUAACGUGGAGGUGUGUGUGAGAGUUCAUGUGGACGUGAAUUCAGCAGAAUGGACCAGUGUGAGGACGGAGAGGAGGGAGUCCCUCCCUCUAAAACCUCUCUGUGUGGGGAACAUGAGAGUCGGAGCAAAGCUCAGAGGAAUAAACCUGGACCUGGACCUGGACCUGUACCUGGACCUGGACCUAAUCAUGAACCCAGCUGUGUGUCCUUGAAGAGUGACCGGUCAAAGGAUAUUAUUGAGAACUUUAAAGGAGGCCAACAUUCUUCUUUAAAGAAGAUCCACCAGAAAAGAGACUCUGUUGCAGAUGAACCAAGCUGUUUGUCCUUGAAGAGUAACCAGUCAAAUAACUUUAUUAUUGAGUUUAAAGGAGAACAACAGUCUUGUUCAGAGAGAGUGGACAAGCAGAGCUCAGAGCCUCCCAGCGGUCCGUCUGUCCAGCAGCAUCAGACCCAGCUGGACUCCAUCUUUCAGCUGCUGGAGGACAACAUUGUCAUGUUUGUGAAGAAUGAGCUGAAGAAGAUCCAGAAGACUCUGAGUCCAGAUUACCCAGAAUCCCUUGAGCAUCUGUUGCAGGGUGAGGAUGAAGAGCAGAGGAGCAAUAGAGAGGCGUUUGUGAAGAUCACAGUGAACUUCCUGAGGAGAAUGAAGCAGGAGAAGCUGGCUGAGCGUCUGCAGAGCAGUGCGUUUGUUGCAGUGUAUCAAACACAUUUGAAGUCUAAGCUGAGGAAGAAGUACCAGUGUGUGUUUGAGGGGAUUGUUAAAGCAGGAAACCCAACCCUACUGAAGCAGAUCUACACGGAGCUCUACAUCAGAGAGGGAGGGACUGGAGAGGUCAACAAAGAACAUGAAGUCAGACAGAUUGAAGCAGCAUCCAGGAAACCAGACAGAGCAGAAACAACCAUCAGACAGGAAGACAUCUUUAAACUCCCACCUGGAAGAGAUGAACCAAUCAGAACGGUGAUGACGAAGGGAGUGGCCGGCAUCGGGAAAACAGUCCUAACACAGAAGUUCAGUCUGGACUGGGCUGAAGGCAGAACCAACCAGGACAUCCAGUUACUGCUUCCAUUCACCUUCAGAGAGCUGAAUGUGCUGAGAGAGGAGAAGUUCAGCUUGGUGGAACUUGUUCAUCACUUCUUCAAUGAAACCAAAGAAAUCUGCAGCUUUGAAGAGUUCCAGGUCGUGUUCAUCUUUGACGGUCUGGAUGAGAGUCGACUUCCUCUGGACUUCCACAACAAUGAGGACCUGACUGAUGUUACAGAGUCCACCUCAGUGGAUGUGCUGCUGACAAACCUCAUCAGGGGGAACCUGCUUCCUUCUGCUCGUCUCUGGAUCACCACACGACCCGCAGCAGCCAAUCAGAUUCCUUCUGAGUGUGUUUCUAUGGUGACAGAGGUCAGAGGCUUCACUGACCCACAGAAGGAGGAUUACUUCAGGAAGAGGUUCAGAGAUAACAAGCAGACCAGCAAGAUCAUCUCCCACAUCAAGACAUCCCGGUGCCUCCACAUCAUGUGCCACAUCCCAGUCUUCUGCUGGAUCACUGCUACGGUCCUGGAGAAAGUCCUGGAAACCAGAGAGGUAGGGGGGCUGCCCAAGACCCUGACUCAGAUGUACAUCCACUUCCUGGUGGUCCAGGCCAAACUGAAGAAGGUCAAGUAUGAUGGAGGAGCUGAGACAGAUCCACACUGGAGUCCAGAGAGCAGGAAGAUGGUGGAGUCUCUGGGAAAACUGGCUUUUGAGCAGCUGCAGAAAGGAAACCUGAUCUUCUAUGAAUCAGACCUGAGAGAGUGUGUCAUCGAUGUCAGAGAGGCUUCAGUGUACUCAGGAGUGUUCACCCAGAUCUUUAGAGAGGAGAGCAGCCUGUACCAGGACCAGGUAUUCUGCUUCGUCCAUCUGAGUGUCCAGGAGUUUCUGGCUGCUCUUCAUGUCCAUCAGACCUUCAUCAAGUCUGGAGUCAACCUGCUGGAUAAACAAAAAAACACCUUCUGGUGGUUUAAAACAAAAGCAGAGACUCACCUCUAUCAGAGUGCUGUGGACAAGGCCUUACAAAGUCCAAAUGGACACCUGGACUUGUUCCUCCGCUUCCUCCUGGGUCUUUCGCUGGGGACCAAUCAGACUCUCCUACGAGGUCUGAUGACAUCAAACCAAAGAACUUCACAGACCAAUCAAAACCUCCUACAAAGUCUGCAGGAACCAAAACAAAGAAGUUCAGAUAACAAUCAGGAAACGAUCAAAUACAUCAAGAAGAAGAUCAGUGAGGACCUGUCUGGAGAGAGAAGCAUCAACCUGUUCCACUGUCUGAAUGAACUGAAUGAUGCUUCUCUAGUGGAGGAGGUCCAACUGUCCCUGAGGUUAGGACUUAUCUCCACAGGGAAACUGUCGCCUGCUCAGUGGUCGGCUCUGGGCUUCAUCUUACUGUCAUCAGGAGAUCUGGAGGUGUUUGACCUUACGAAAUACUCAGCUUCAGAGGAGGUUCUAUGGAGGCUGCUGCCGGUGGUCAAAGCCUCCAAGAAGGUUGUGUUGAGUGUCUGUAACCUCUCAGAGGACAUCUGUGCAGAUCUGUCCUCAGUCCUCAGCUGUCAGUCCUCCAGUCUGACAGAACUGGACCUGAGCAACAACAACCUGCAGGAUUCAGGACUGAAGAAGCUGUGUCCUGGACUGGAGAGUCCACACUGUAAACUGGAGUCUCUCAGGCUGUCAGGCUGUCUGAUCUCAGAGGAAGGUGGUGCUUCUCUGGUCUCAGCUCUGACCUCCAAUCCCUCCCACCUGAGAGAGCUGGACCUGAGCUACAACCAUCCAGGAGAGUCAGCAGUGCAGCUUUUGUCUGCUGGACUGGAGGAUCCCCGUUGGAGGCUGGACACUCUCAGGGUGGAGCCUUCUGGACGACGAUGGUUGACACCAGGUCUGAGGAAGUAUUCUUGUCAACUCACCAUCGACACAAACACAGUCAACAACAACAUCAAACUGUUUGACAACAACAGGAAGAUGACACGUGUGAAGGAGGAUCAGUCAUAUCCUGAUUAUCCAGACAGGUUUGAUGGCUGUCCUCAGCUGCUGUGUAGAGAAGUUCUGACGGGUCGCUGUUACUGGGAGGUCCAGUGGAGAGGAGGAGUUUCUGUAUCAGUGAGUUACAGAAGAAUCAGCAGGAAAGGAGGAUCUAUAGACUGUGUGUUUGGGAGGAACAAUCAUUCCUGGAGUCUGGAAUUUUCUAGUGGUUCUGGUCAGUACUCUGUCAGUCACAAUAACAUAGGAACACAUUCCUCCUCCUCUUCCUCAGUCUCUGACAGAGUAGCAGUGUACGUGGACGUUCCUGCUGGAACUCUGUCCUUCUACAGUGUCUCCUCUGACAGACUGAUCCUCCUCCACACCUCCAACACCACAUUCACUGAACCUCUCUAUCCUGGGUUCUGGUUUGGUAAUGGUUCUUCAGUCUCUCUGUGUUGAGUAUCAAGAGUCUCCUGUCAGAGAAACUGUUGGACAGAAAGUCCAGUAUGUUUUGAAUCUACUUCCUCCUCCAGUCCUUUAAAGAUGGAAGCUGCGAUUAUUCCAGGAUCCACAUGUUCUUCUGUCUGUUUCAGAGGCCCCAGAACUGAACGUUGAGGAACUCCACAUGUUAUUUUUGUAAGCUCCAAUUUUUAGUUAGCUAAAGACACAAAAUAAUCCCCGUCUUUUAGAUAGGACACUGAAUUAGGCAAGGGCUGUGCCAGAAAGUCCCACCCAGUUCUUCAACCGUUUUAUCACGAUAUCAUGGUAAAGCGUAUUGAAUGCAGCACUGAGAUCCAGUAAGACCAAGACUGAAAUGUUGCCACUAUCCAUAUUGGAGUGGAUGUCAUCAAGGACCUUUACUAGAGCUGUCUCAGUGCUGUGUUGUGGCCGGAAACCUGACUGUAACCGUCAUUUAUUGUAUGAUUUAACAAAGAAUAUUGAUAUGGGCCUAUCACUGUUCAUAAGUGACCUGUAUAGAUGAAUAAAGUGGUAAAGUGUUUGUAUGUGAAUUCUCACCAAGAUGAUUUAAAUGAUCCAUACAUUAUUGAAGUGAGAAAAAAUAAGUUUUGUGUCCUGAAGAUGCCCUAGAUUCCCAAACACAGCUUUAGUUUUAGUUAGCGACGCACCUGCUGUUUAUCAUAGCAAAUGCCUGUUUUUCUGUGAGAAAGAGUCUGGUUCUCACGGGAUUUUGGUCCCGUGGGAGCCGAAACUUGUUUUGAGAGCUUGCGGACAGGGGGGCGAAUAGGUCUUUCCCCUCCCUCUCCGCAAGGUGCUGAGGGAAAGGUAUAAAAGACAGGGAUCCCGGAAGUAUAGCCAGAGUCGGCCGUGGGUAUUGGCAAAACGCCCGGCGUUGGGUUUUUCCUUGGCUUAUUCAAAACCGGACUGCCUUGGCUCUCCAGUUCCGUGUCGAGGUAAGAAGGCCUGUUUAACCCUUUCACCUGUGUGUGAUGAUUGCAACUGUGUUGAUUGCCGCUGUUUUGCGGGUGAUAGCUUGUCGCGUCAUCCUGGCAAACGAGUGAUAUUGUGUGUACUGCCGAGUUGUAGGGGGUAAUUCGACACUUAUCCUAGCAAACGGGUAGUUUUGUGGAUGUCUUCUAUGUAAUGCUUGCCUUUUUGCUAAUAAAUGUAUUCAUAUCUUAUAGCAAAGGCGAGUGUGUGUGUGAUUCAUUUUGGGUACAGCCGACCCCUCUAGAACCUAUUUGAGAUUUCUCCCAAAACAAUUAUCUAGAACUCCUUCAUAUUCAGGGCCUUGUUGAUUUUGACCUGUACUAAGAUUAUUUUUGUACAUUUGUCAGUACAAAGAGAAAAACAACAUCAAAGUUUGCUCUCUGCUCCUUGAGCUGAA